UAUAAAUAAUUGUCAUUGUGAAUGUCAGAAUCUAACCCAGAAUCCUGAUAAUUGAUGAACUCUGCAGCUCCUGUUUCUGAGGCAGCAGCAGCCUGACUCUACCCGGACACUGAUGAUGUCAUCUCAGCUCUGCUUUGUCAUUGGCUGUUACGCUGCUGACACAGAGUAAGAGUUCAACUGCUGCUGCUGCAGGUCUAAAGUCUGACAGAUCCAGGUCUAUAGAGAGUCUGACAGGUCCAGGUCUGAUGAUGAUGAAGAUGGUGAUCUUCAUCCUCUCCGGUGUCCUCUGUGUCUCAGCUGACUUUCUCCAUGAGGACCUUGCUAUCACUGGCUGUUCAGAAAAAGAUGGAGAGGGCAUGAUCGGACUGGAUGGUGAAGAGAUUUGGUAUGCAGACUUCAAGAACAAGAAAGGAGUCGAGCCUCAGCCCAGUUUUAUAGAUCGUAUGAGUUUCCCAGGAGGUUAUGAAGCUGCUGUGGCUGGACAACAGAUCUGCAAACAGAACCUGGCGGUGACUCUCAAAGCUCUGAAGAACCCUCCAGUGAAACUCUAUGCUCCUUCCAGUCCGGUGGUCUACAGCAGAGACGACGUGGAGCUGGGAGAGGAGAACACCCUGAUCUGUUAUGUGACUGGUUUCUAUCCUGCUCCGGUCGACUUCUCCUGGACAAAGAACGGACAGAACGUCACCGAAGGAACCAGCGUCAACGUUCCCUACCCCAACAAAGACGCUUCCUACAACCAGUUCUCCAGCCUGGUCUUCACCCCAAAGCUUGGAGACAUUUACAGCUGUUCAGUGACACAUCUGGCCCUGGACCAACCACAGACCAGAUUCUGGAAUGUGGAGAAGACUCCGCCCAGUAUUGGACCAACAGUGUUCUGUGGACUCGGUCUGACUGUUGGUCUGCUCGGUGUGGUUGCUGGAACCUUCUUCCUCAUCAAAGGGAGCUAGUGCAGCUGAUUGGUCGGGGCUGAUGAUGUCACUCAGAUGAAUAUUUUCUCUGCUGUCUGUUGAUGAUUUUAAUGUUUUUAUGUCUUCAUGUUUGGCUGCAGAUUGAAUCCAUUUCUUGUGUAAAAUGAUUCCUGCUGAAAUAUAAUUUGUGUUUAAAUAAAGUUAGUUUGUUUCCUGACAGAAUCAGAUUCAAACUGUUUCUCCAGUCUGAAGAUUUAAUUACAUUAAUUCAUCUGUUGUUGUGGUAAAUAAACAGGAUGUCCCUCGUCUCAUGUUUACUGU